AUGAGGAUGAUCGAGGCGAGAACUAGGCUCUCUAUCCUUAAGAUCUUUUUACCCCGUCACACGGUGCUUACGCACUUCGACUGCAAGACAACGAACCAGAAAGUACUCUCUGUAGACUAUUGCAGAGAUCAAGACUUUGGUAUUUUCCUAUUCGAAAUAGUUGGAAGAAGGAAAAACGCUAAAGUUGGUGAUAAAGACAGUCUUCAUUGGUUCCCCAAAAAAGUUUGGAAUGAGUACGAGAAAGGCGAGCCCAUGACACUAAUGGAAGCUUAUGGAAUCAAGGAGAAAGAUCGUGCCACGGCCGAGAAAAUGUCUAUGGUAGCUCCAUGGUGGGUUCAAGAUUCACCCGAGGCCAGGCUACCUAUGAGUGAUGUAGUGAAGAUGUUGGAGGGAGUGGUCGAAAUUAUGCCGCCGCCUAAACCAUUUCAUUAUUUGUUUUCGGUUGUGGUGGAUCCGUUGAAGCCACCGAACAAUUGUUUGAGUGAUUCAACAUAUUCAACAAGUGGAACAAAUUCUUACUGGUACAAGGGAAAAACGACUCCAAUUAUGAAUAAGUACAGGAUAUAA